AUGUUCUUCGAUGCCCGAACUGCUCUGGCUGGGAUUGCCCUGAUCUCCCAGGUUUUCGCCGCGCCUCUGCUGGAAGAAAGAGCAAGCUUAGACACAUCCUUUUGGGCACCCCUUCGUCGCGCAGCCCAGCUUUCCUCUGCUGCGUACACUGGCUGCGCCGGCAAAGCUUUUGAUAUCACUGGAUUUGUUGGGUACUCGUCAGAGAAGAAGACCAUAGCUGUCGUCAUGAGGGGCUCUACCACUUUGACUGACAUUAUGAACGACAUCAGCACCACCCUCGUCACGCCAUCUCUCUCUGGUGUUAACUUCCCCUCGGGGGUGAAGAUCAUGAGCGGCAUCAACCGCCCUUGGAGUGCUGUCCACGACGGAAUAAUUUCCGAAGUAAAGACCCUUAUCGCAAAGUACCCAGACUACACCUUGGAGGCGACUGGACACUCUCUCGGUGGCUCUCUGACGUACAUUUCUCACGUCGCGCUGGCCCAGAACUUCCCCGAGAAGCAACUCACCAGCUAUGCUAUGGCUGCUUUUCCCAUUGGUAACGAGGCCUGGGCCAACUUUGCAGGCUCGCAAGCUAAGGGUACCCUCUACCGUGGAAACAACAUCGGUGACGGUGUUCCUAACAUGUAUGUCAACAUUCCUUACAUCUUCAAACACUACGGAACCGAAAUCUACAGCUCUGGAUUCCAGGCCACCACUCUCAAGUGCUCUGGGCAGCGCGACCUUUCUUGCUCUGCUGGAAAUGGCAUGUACGGUGUCACUCCUGGUCACUUCCAGAGCUUCGGUAUUACCCUGGGUGCUGCUGGCUGUGGCUCCCUCCUGUGA